AUGCACCUUGGAACUUUUGCAAAGGAAGACAUUGGGGAGGUUGUGAGAAUAUACUACGCAUCAAUAUGGAUCAUUGAGUAUGCGAUGAUAAUCUACGUUGAUGACUGGUCCCGAAAUGACAACGUUCGAGGGUACAUCAUCAUGCGAGAAGAUAUGGCCUUGAUUUGUGUUCAAUCGCCAACAUGGAAUUCUGAGGUGGCAUUGGUGAUCACAUCAUCGCCAAUCUAUGCUAAGUGGUCGGCCUCCGAAGUCUUAGGUUGUGACUUGUCAGCGAACUAUUGGCAACGGAACCUUCGAGGCUCAAAUUCCGUUUAUCGUUUAUCUUCGAUCUUUCUACUUUUUCAAACGUGCACAGAACGUGAGGAUCUGAAGUACCUCGUUCGUAUCAUAUUUAAAUACCUGCGCUCCGUAGAUCUCGUUGCCCCAGACUCCAAGUCUGCUUGGACCACUGAAAGUAGUGGUUCGGCAGUCGCCCCAACUCCAACUCCAUUACAGUCUGAAUCUUCGGCUGCCCAAAAUUCCACAGUAGCUGCCUUUAAGUCAACCCCUAUAAAAAAUACAUACUCGGGCUCAGGACGUUUCGCCUCUGAAAUUGUACCCAGUGCCAGUCAGGUGAAGAAAAAAAUGGUCGAGAACAUCCGAGAUCACUUUGUGGGGCCUAUGCCAUUCAAUGAACUAUUCGAGCUUCUGCCCGUCACCAAAGAAAGCCUUAAAAUCAAACCUAACUUUUCUAUGGAUUACUUCUCAGGCUUUGUGGUCGACGAAAAAGAGAAUACCAUGUAUGACCCAUUUAUUGAGAAGAUCGCCAAGAUUAACGCUAUGCCUGGGUUCAAAUUGGUCAACACGUCAAAUUAUGCAGAUCGAGCGAUCGUUAAGGAUAUGAAGAGCAAACCCGAUCUGGCGGCAUACAAGGAUACAGUUAACUUAGACAACGUAACCAUCUACCGUGAGAUGGAGCUUGUCUUCGAGUUCAAGCCACAACAAAAUACUGUCGACCCAUUCGAUUCUAAAGCUACCAAGGUCUCAGGUGUUGUAGGGCAAGUCUCUGAGCGUCCUUUUGAGGCUACUCCUAAUGGGCGCUCUCAAUGCCGGGGGCAGAUCACUAACUAUGCCCGAAUCAUGAUGCACCGCCAACACCGUACUCACUGCUAUGUGGUCUACAUUGGGGGGUGCUAUGCCCGCAUCAUUCGCUUUGAUCGCUCAGGAGGACUAGUAUCAGAAAGGAUUAACUUCAAAAAGCGCGGUGAUUUGCUCCUGGACUUCCUGUGGUACUAUUCCCAAACAACUGACGAGGCCCGUGGGCUUGAUACGACUGUACGUGUCUUGCCAAUCGAUGACGUGAAAGCUAUGAUGGCACGAAAAAAGCUGAGCGCCUGGCAACCUGCGAGUGGCAGCAAACGUGUCUAUGCAAUGGAUGUUCCGGAACAAUUUGUGCCAGCAAAGGUCCCUGCGCCCACAAUGCCAACGCCGACUGUUGCUGAUCCAGUCAAAAAAUUGCACACAGUGUAUGUGUGGGGGUCCCUUUCAGAACCCAAUACCGUUAUUGGACGAGCAACGCGAGGAUACCCGGCUUGGGACCCUAGCCGUCCCGAGGGGGAAGACAUUGUUUUUCUGAAGGAUUCCUGGAGAUUGUGUGGGGAAGGUAUGGAAAAGGAAACCGACAUACUUCAGACUUUGAACAGACAUGGUGUCCGAAAUGUACCCAAAUACCUCUACGGCGAUGACAUACCUGGCCAUAGGACAAUCACCCAGGAUUAUACCGAAGCGAAAUGGAAUGCAGGUGGAGUCGCAAAGGAUGUUAUGAAGAGAGUGCACAUUAGAUUCAUUGAAGACGUUGUCGGUCUUCCUCUCUGGGAAUUCGAGAACCCAAGGCAGUUGGUCGUGGCUAUACAUGAUGCUAUAAUUGCUCACCAAGAUGCGUAUCAGCUCUGCGGGAUUCUACACAGAGACGUGAGCUUAGGAAAUAUCCUACGGAGGAGAGAUGGUAAAGGCGGAGUGCUGAAUGACUGGGACCUGGCAGCACGCUACAACAUUGAAACACAUACUCCUCUCAAGGACAAGAGGCAGCAAUCUCGGUCGGGAACGUGGCAGUUCAUGUCAAUAGGACUUCUCCGGGACCCGUCAAAGGUUCACCACUGCAUCGACGACGCCGAGUCUUUUAUUUGGGCCCUUCUUUACUGCACUAUGCGGUAUAUGAAGACCAGCAUUGUGCCUAUAAGGUUACAACCAGUAAUGGAGAGGAUAUUUGAUCAAGUUGACCGAGAUGUCCCAGGCGAAUUAAACAAAGGCGGGGCUGGCAAACAAUCUUUUGUCACCGACGAUCAUUCCAGCUUCAUAGACUUCGUUGUUAGCGACAAUGAACCACUGACAAGCCUGAUAGCUAAACUCUUCAAAAGUAUUAUUUUAGAGUUUCGCAUUCGUCUUGCAGGGUCUCCCAUCCACAUCGACAAACUUAUGAUAGACCACCAAUUUACUCGUGAACAGGCUCAAGAAACAUUUGACCGCGAAACCAACAAACUAGGAGUACAGCUUUAUCAACUUUUGGAAUCUACUUCAAAGGAGUUUCUCAACAAGGAUUGGCCAAUUAAUGCUCCCGGUUGGCACGACUACCUCAAUCCGCCAAAGGCCGGAAAGGGUGAAAAGCAUCCCAGAUCUCCAGCAGCCCAUAUUGAGCCCGAUAAUCCUGUUGACUCCGCGUAUAAUUCUAGUUUGGACGGAUCUCCCUCGCGCCAACCAAGGAAGAAACAGAAGCAUUCCGAUAAUGCGCCAUACCGUCCUUCCGGCUCCGCACCUUAG